CAGCGCUGGGGCCGAACGCCGCCGUGUGCUGUGUGUGCUUUGCUGCCCGCUCGCUGCUGUCAUGCGGCGGCUGCUGUUCCUGCUGGCCGGCCUAGCGGAGCUCCGUGCGGCGAAUAUACCCCAGAGGACUUUUGGGAUUGAUUAUGACCGCAACUGCUUUGUCAAGGAUGGGCACCCUUUCCGUUACAUCUCUGGUAGCAUUCACUAUUCCCGGGUGCCUCGGUAUUACUGGAAAGAUCGCCUCUUGAAGAUGAAGAUGGCGGGGCUGGAUGCAAUUCAGACGUAUGUACCAUGGAACUACCACGAACCCCAGAUGGGCGUGUAUGAUUUUUCUGGUGACAGAGAUCUAGAGUAUUUCCUGCAGCUUGCUAAUGAAAUUGGCUUGCUGGUGAUCCUAAGAGCUGGACCUUACAUCUGUGCAGAAUGGGACAUGGGUGGUCUUCCUGCAUGGCUGUUGGAGAAGGAAUCUAUUGUUCUGAGGUCUUCUGAUUCAGAUUACCUGGCAGCAGUGGAGAAAUGGAUGGGGGUCCUUUUGCCAAAGAUGAAGCAUCAUCUCUAUCAAAAUGGAGGUCCAAUCAUCAUGGUGCAGGUGGAGAAUGAGUAUGGAAGCUACUUUGCUUGUGACUAUGACUAUCUGCGUUCCCUUCUGAAGAUCUUUCGCCAGCAUCUUGGGGAUGAGGUGGUGCUGUUCACAACUGAUGGUGCAAGCCAGUUUCAUUUGAAAUGUGGAGCUCUUCAGGGUCUUUAUGCGACAGUAGACUUUGCCCCAGGUGGAAAUGUCACAGCAGCAUUCCUAGCUCAAAGGAGCAGUGAACCUACAGGCCCUUUGGUUAAUUCUGAGUUUUAUACCGGAUGGCUGGAUCACUGGGGGCACCGUCACGUUGUUGUACCCUCACAAACUAUAGCAAAAACACUUAAUGAAAUCCUGGAACGCGGUGCUAACGUCAACCUGUACAUGUUUAUAGGUGGAACUAACUUCGGCUAUUGGAAUGGUGCUAAUAUGCCUUAUAUGUCACAACCCACUAGUUAUGACUAUGAUGCUCCACUAAGCGAAGCAGGGGAUCUGACUGAAAAAUAUUUUGCCUUGAGGGAAGUCAUUGGUAUGUACAACAAGUUACCAGAAGGUCUGAUCCCUCCAACAACGUCCAAAUUUGCCUAUGGGAGGGUUCGCUUGCAGAAGGUGGGCACUGUGGUGGAGGUUCUUGACAGGCUGUCACCUUCUGGACCAGUGAAAAGCACUUACCCGUUAACCUUUGUUCAGGUCAAGCAGUAUUUUGGGUUUGUGCUGUACAGAACGAAGCUUCCAAAAAAUUGCACAGAGCCAACACAACUGAGUUCACCUUUAAAUGGAGUCCAUGAUCGUGCCUAUGUAUCUGUGGAUGGGGUUCAGCAAGGAGUCCUUGAAAGGGGCAAGUCAUUAAUGAUAAAUAUAACUGGAAAUGCUGGAGCAAAUCUGGACAUCUUAGUAGAGAAUAUGGGCCGAGUCAACUUUGGAAGAUACAAUAACGACUUCAAGGGUCUGGUUUCAAAUUUAACUCUUGAUCAAGAUAUACUUGUUGAUUGGGAAAUCUAUCCCCUAAAUAUAGAUGGAGCAGUGAACCAUUUCAUUCAUGGCUACCCUGGCCAUCCAAAGAGAUCUGGUGGCAAUCCACAGAGUUACGAAGCACCUGCCUUCUACACUGGUACACUUUCAAUUCCGGGAGGGAUUCCAGACUUGCCUCAAGACACCUAUGUCAAAUUUCCUGACUGGACAAAGGGGCAAAUUUGGAUCAAUGGCUUUAAUCUUGGACGCUACUGGCCAGCUCGUGGCCCUCAGUUGACCCUUUUUGUUCCAAGCAAUAUACUUGUUUCAUCAGUGCCUAACAACAUAACAGUGUUGGAACUGGAGCAUUCUCCAUGUAGCACCCUGCUGUGUGAGAUAGAAUUUGUAGACGAACCUAUUAUUAAUGCAACCACACCGUACGAAAAUGAUGCACCCCCCCUGUUUGUUAGAGACAUGCGGCUGAGCCAUCUGUAAUGAUUCAAGUUGUUCUUUACCUUCCCCCUACUUUGCUUCCCGUUUCCUUUAAACACAGUUCCCCUUUUUUAAAGAGUCAGUGUUAAUCAGUACAUUGUCUGAGACAGCUUUUUAAAUUCUUCAAAAACUUUUUUUAAAGCUGGCCAGAGUUAAAUACUCAAAUUCUCUUGGAAAAGGAAACUUUUAACUUCGGAGUUUGCCUUGAACCAUGAAACUGAGCUCCUCUAGAAGAUAAUUGCAGCAUCAAUGUCUACUAAAAACAUUCUUCUGUAGACUGUUUGAUUACAGGAACCCUAUUAUGAUUUACUUUUUACUGUCUUUUGAAACUGGAGAGAAGCCUACAAAAGGACUGAACAAUCCCACAAGCCCUCUGCUUGCUCGUGUGGCCUGGUAGGUCAGUGCUGCGAGUGCAAUGCAGACUGUGGAGAGAGACCUUGUAUUCUGUUUCUGUCCCUUCUGUAAAGCAGAUCGACUGCUUUCCUUCUGCACUCUCCAAAGAGUCUAAUUAAGUUGACAAGUACUAUGACGUACAUGAAAUAUAGGUUGUUUUGGUUGGACCCUAGUCUCUAGUUAACUUAUCUGCAGAAUGUAGUUGUAAAAUGAGCCAUUCUUUUUUUUUUUCUUCUUCUUUUUCGUAUUUUUCCUCAUUAACAUGAGAGUUCUUUUUCAUAGGCUUGAACCUUGGAAGUAGAGGGUUUUAAGUUAAAGAAUCUGAACUCUUUUAUUCAUUAAUUCAUGUCUUCUGUUUUGUUCCAGUAAACCAAUGAUCUUUGUAAGUGCCUGUUAUUUGCAAAGAUAUGCAGUUGAUGUCAGAAAAGCUGACAUUCCACAGCAGACUGAAUCAUCUCUUUAAUUCUUAGGGUUUUGUUAUCAAUCAUGUGAACUUCUUUAUGAGACUUAAAUAAUAGAAAAUUAAGACAAUAAUGUUGAAUAUUUUCAUAAUCUGAGGUUGCUCCCUUUUAUUUUUUGUCUGACAUGAUUAAAAUGGUUCUUUAAAGAUGAAA